AUGGCUCCUGCGCGACAACAGCCGCCUCCGCCAUUCAGCAAGGACGAAAAAGUCCUAUGCUUCCACAUGGACAUGCUUUAUGAGGCCAAGAUUAUGGAUGUGCAGCCCGCAGAGAAGCCUAAUGAAGGAUAUCGGUACAAGGUUCACUACAAAGGGUGGAAAAACACGUGGGACGACUGGGUUCUUGUGGACCGCAUCCGCCCCUUUGACGACGAGCACAAGGAGCUGGCGGCUCAGCUACACGCGCAGCUCAAGACCAGCAUGCAGAAAACCACAAAGGUGCCCAAGAAGGUCAUCAAGAGCGGCGGCGAGUCGGCGCGCGGCAGCGAGGAGCGAAGUUCGGCCGUGACCCAGGGAGGCAGGGGCGGUAGGAGAGGCAAGGACUGGGACCUUGAGCAGGAAGACGCCUUCCACAGUAAGCCAAUGAUCAACAUAUCUGUUCCUGAUCAUGUUCAGGCCAUGCUGGUUGAUGAUUGGGAGAACAUUACUAAAAACAACCAACUUGUUCCCCUGCCCCAUCCAAAACCAGUGUCCAAAAUCUUCGAAGAUUAUCUUGCCGUUGAGCGGCCACGAAGGGAAGAGGGAUCUUCGAGUAUGGAUAUCCUAGAAGAGGUUAUUGCCGGGUUUAGGGAAUAUUUCGAGAAGGCUCUGAGCAGAAUACUUCUUUACAGAUUUGAACGCCACCAGUACAUGGAUGUGCGGAAACUUUGGGACAACGCGGAGGAGAACCCUCAGUACAAAAAUGUCUGUGAUGUUUAUGGUGCGGAGCAUCUUGCCCGCUUAAUUGUCUCAUUACCUGAACUCCUUGCACAGACCAAUAUGGAUCAGCAGUCGGUGUCACGCCUCAGAGAAGAGAUUGGAAAGUUCACUUCCUGGUUAGGGCGCAACUGCGAAACGUACUUUGUUAACGAGUACGAGACUCCAUCUCAGGAGUACAUUGAUAAAGCAAGGAGCUUUUAA